AUGGAACACCGCAUGCUGCCACGACUCUCGGUACACUUCCACUUUCAAGGUCGGUUCAAGUGGUGUUUGGAAGGACCAAUCGACUUAAGCAGCACGUCCAAGGCCCAUACAAUGCCCCCCGAAGCCAAACUCGUAUACCGAGAUGUCUGGGAUCUUCGUAAACAAACCUUCGGGAAAUGUCACGAAGAUUCCCUUUGGUCUCUCCAUUGGCUAGUCCAGCAUCUUUGCAGCCAGGAGAAACAUAAAGAAGCCGAAGCCCUAUGCCGCGACGCUUGGGAAGGCCGUAAGCAAACACUCGGGCAAGACCACAAACACACACUUUUCGCUCUUCGUUGGCUCGACCAGACAGUCACUUUGAAAACGAAGUAUACCCCGGCCAAGGUGACAUCCAGGAAGACACACUUAAGUCUCUUGAAUCGCUAG